CCUGAUGCGCGUGCUCAGUUGUUAUGGAGCUAAUGUUACAGAGCAUAUUUGCUGUGACGUACUUUAAGCCACCACACAAAUCCAACGAGCCAUUUUAAAAACAAAUCUGAUCAAGAUAAAGAACUAAAGUCUGAUAGAUAUGGAAGAAGAAGAAGAAGAUGCCGUAUCGAUACUUUCCAGAAAAGAGCUGCGUAAGAAAAAGCUGAUGGAAUACUUGGCAGGAAAAGGGAAGCUGAAACAGCCCAACCUUAAGCCAUACCUCCGUGACAAAUGCCAGGUUAAGAAGCCUAUAACAUCUACAGUAAAGGUUGUUGAGGGAAAAGAGAACGAGGCUCCAGCUGACAGAUUUGGAUAUGAACGCACAACAAUGAAAACCCUGGCUGCUCAAUCUACAAAACACCCUGCCACAAGAGUAUUUGGUAUCACUAACAGAGUGAAUGUAAAAGGCAGCAUUCUGACUGGAAGGAAGAAUGCCAAUCCUCCAUCUGCAACCACUGGAAUUGCACAGCCAAAACCUAAUCAAAACCAUGUGUUGAGAAGAACGUACACCGUUGUGUCGUACCAAUCCAACCUGAAUGCAGCCAGCCACCUCAAAAAGCAGCCAAACGCAGGAAUACAACCAUCAGGCAGAAACUCAUACCUAAUGAAGACAGACGGUGUCAGAAUGAGUCUCGGUCCCAUGGUCAAAACAAGAACAGGACUCAUUCCUGCAGUGAUUCAGCCAAGAUACAGUCAAAUCGUCACACACUCCUCUGCCACAGCAGCUGAUACCACCACUGCUUCUGUUGCUAUCAAGGUGAGAUCAAGCGCCUCGUCAUCAGUUUCUGUGACUCAGAGGUCUGCUAUUGCCCAGAGGAAAACGCUACCUACUACUGCUCUAAACAACCCCGAGAGAGCAAGAGCUGGGAUUAAAGUUCAAAAUCAGAACAAGUCUAACUCUGAACCACUUUUGGGUAAACAUUCUCAGCUAUCGAGUGGACUGAAAUCAGCAGCCACCUCCUCCAAGUGCACAGCAAAACCUAUUAAACCAGAGGGGAGAUUAGGGAUAUCAAAUACUACUAAAUCAGCUGGUCAGCCUACAGACAGGUCCACAAAGCAGAGACCUGAGGGUGAAGGGCAGAGAAAUGAGCAACCAUUCAAAGUUGCCUCCCGAAUGUCCUCUGGGCCCGCAAGCUGGUGUAGUUCCAGAGCGGUCGGUGGGGUUAUGAGAGGUGCUGUGGCUGAACUGGGAGGGAAAAUCCAGACGUGCAAACGGAUAGAUAACAAGAAGGGACACAGUUCAGCAAAUGCCCCUCCACCACAAAUGGGUAAAAAAAGAACAAGCGCUCCAGUGAUGUCCCAGACAGUGCCACGGCUUGGCAGGACCAUCAGCCAUACCGGUCAGGCCACAACAGACACGAAGACGCCAAAGGUCCCAGUCAGGGUCAUUCCCCAGACUGAGGUAAAGAAACUGACUGCUGCCCAGGAGGAAAGAAUGAAAAAACUACAGGAAUGGCGGGAAGCCAAAGGCAUUUUCUACAAGCGUCCUCCAAUGCCGGUAAAACCUCAGGUCAGGCGUACUGUGGCCGUGCCCCAGCCUUUCUGGGGCCCCAUGAAUGAGGAAGAUGAGGCCCAUUCCCUCAUCUGUGCCGUGGACAGAUCCCUGGCUGACUGCAUCAAAUUGCUCGAAGAGGGUUUCCCUCCAGACCAGGUGAAGGAGAUCCUCUCACGACUGCCAGCAGUGUCCCAGAAGUUUGCCAAAUACUGGAUCUGUCAGGCCCGCCUGAUGGAACAAGAAGGCAACCUGGAUGUCCUGCCAAUAUUUGAAGAGGCUGUUGAUGUUGUGUUGGAGCCAGUGGACGAGCUGCGGUCUGUGGUGUUUGAAAUUCUGAAGAAAAGGGACGAGAUCCAAGCAUCUGAAGAAAAUGAGAAAGAGGAGGAACACAUUCCCACAAGUAAAGGCACUCUUGAGAGUAUCAACAACCCAAUGACUCCUAAACCUGUCAGAGCCCUCAUCUGUGGAGAGAAAGGAGACUCAUCUGUAGUCAAGUACAAGAUCACAGCAACUCCUGGUCGCCCUCCAAGCCAACAAACAGAACCGGCGAAGGUCAACGGCCAGGAGGUUCGCUUCUUCACUCCAGUUAGACGCUCGGUGCGAAUCGAGAGAUCCUCACUCCGAUACCCCGUGUCCCUCCAGGACCACGAUCUCUGCGUGGCCUCCUACAAUGACCUGAUCUCCGAGGAGGGAAUCGAAGAGCAGAAGAGUGGGGAAACCAGCCCGUCUGCUAACAACACGCAGAUGUACAUCUACAGACAGAACGAAGCACUUAAAGACAAAGUGUUCGUCCAGCUAGUCUACGAUGGAGAGGUUUAGCCUUCGCUGCUGACCUCAUCUAUUUGAAACAAUGUAUGUGCAUACGUUGGUGUUGUCAGAUGUCACUCUUUUCUCUGAGAAGAGUUUUAAGGCAAUGAGCUAUUUUUAUGAAGUAAGGCAUUUCUCACACUUGCUUUUGGAGAAAUUAUUGGGUUUAUCAUUCUGGUUCCUGUAUUGUUUUGAAACCAUCAAAUAAUGUUGUGUACAUAGUAAUGUAAAAUAAAUGGCUUUUUAAAAUAA